GCAGACGUCUUGUUGUUUGUUUACAACCUGGGAACUUCCUUCCUGUAUGUAGCUUUGUCCACAGUUAGCUAAGUGGUGUAAUCAAACUUCUAAAGUCAACUUUCAAGAUGGGAUGUGAUGGUGGGACCAUUCCUAAAAGACACGAGUUGGUGAAGGGGCCCAAAAAAGUUGAGAAGGUUGACAAAAAUGCAGAGUUGGCCGCAAAAUGGAAGUACUGUGCCUUGAGCCAGGAGAAACUCAGACGCCCCAUUGUUUCCUGCGACCUGGGAAGGCUCUAUAAUAAAGAUGCCAUCAUUGAAUACCUUCUGGAUAAGUCUGCCGAGAGACCCAAUGCUGAGGCUGUAGCACACAUUCGUGGGAUUAAGGAUAUAAAGGAGCUCAACUUGACUGAUAACCCUGAGUGGGAGGGAGAGAGAAGAAAUACUAAAGGAGACAGAUAUGAGGACAUCCACUGUGGCAUGUUCAUUUGCCCUGUUGUUGGGUUGGAGAUGAACGGCAAGCACAGGUUCUGUUACCUGCAGACCUGUGGUUGUGUCUUCUCUGACCGAGCCCUGAAGGAGGUCAAGACAGAAAUCUGCCACAAGUGUGGGGACCCGUUUCACGAUGAGGACAUCGUUGUGCUCAAUGGCACAAAGGAGGAGGUGGAGAAGCUGAGGGUGAAGAUGGAAGAGAGGAAGGCCAAAGCCAAAACUAAGAAAUCGAAGAAGAGCAAAGUCGCUGAAACUGUGUCAACACCAUCAGAAUCAAAAGGUGACACACAAUCUCCACAAGUGGACGUAGCAGGGAGUAGCUCACUACAAAAUGGCGGUGAAAGCAGCCAGUCAGCUGUGGCCGGACCCUCGGGAUCCUCCAGCUCCUCCAGCUCCUCCAAAGGCUCCAAGUCUUCAACAAGCUCCGCCUCCAAGAGGUCCAUCCAGGACAUGUCGGAGAAGUCAGAAGCCUUUAAAUCCCUGUUCACCUCCCACAGCUCGGCAAAGCGCACCAAAGAUCAGACAUCCAACUGGGUCACUCACACCCCGUAUCACUUCUAGUUACUAUCACUCAGAGCAGAGAACACCCAUUUUUAGAUUUUGACCCAUUAAAGAGCCAUUACUGAUAAAUCUAGUUCUUCAUCGCCAGCCCACACACACACACAUACACACACACACAUACAUAUUACCCAUCUGACUUCUAAUGACAGUGUCACCACUGUGCGGACUCAUUCUCUUCAGUCCCCAAUAGCUCAGUGUUUACAUGUUGUGGACAUUUUGUUAAUAGCUCCCCAAGCAGUUCACACUCUUUGUUUUGUAACCUAGUUUGUCCCCCAUGUAUUCCCCCAGCAUCUCUCUGUUCUCACUCACAGGUGCUUUGAGGAUUGAUGUUAGGGGUGUUUUUUUUCUUUUUUAGACUAUAUUAUUAUAGUCUGUGUCACUCUGCUGUCUCCUAGUGGACAGUUCAUGGUUGAGACUAUCACAAAACUAAUGUCAGAUAGGCUUGAUUUCUUUCAUUUAACGGGAAAAUCUGUAAAAAAUCUCUACAUCUGUAGAGUUCCUACUGUUGUCUGUGAAUGAACACAUAAUACAGAUAAUGAUUUCUUUUUUUUCCUUCCAAGCUCAAGUGCACAAGCAAAAAAAAAGCAGUUAAUGUAACAGGACGACAGGAAACAUACUUGAGAUCUCCCUCAACCUUGAGCAUCACAAGCUGCGAUAUUUUAAUUUUUUUUUUUUUUUAUCCCAAACAAUAUGCUUCCACUGUCUUAUAAGUAUUUUUUCUGGGCAUUUUUGGAAGACCUGUGGGGG